AUGGCGGACGAGCUCACGGUGGACGAGGUGAACCUCCACUCGAGGGCAUUCGAGGAGCUGGACCGCAACGGCGAUGGCUUUGUCGACCUGAGCGAGUUCCAGGCAUCGAUGGAGGCCACGGGCAAGCGGGCAGGGAAGCCCGUCUCCUUUGAGGCGGUGCGCAAGACCUUCGAUGACCUCGACGUGGACAGCGACGGCCUCAUCUCGUACGAUGAGUGGAUGGCGGCGCAGCUGCGGAUCAAGCGCAGGCGGCUGGCACGGGAAGCGAAGCGCGAGACGAGGCGCCAGAACCAGCGCCAGUCAAGCGGGGCCAGCACCGGGGCGUUGGGUCUGAACCGCGGAGCCUCAGACCGGGCGGCUGAUCGCGAGGAGGAGCGGAGGCGCGUGCAGCGGCUGAUGCAGAAGCGCUCCGUCUCGUUCCUCGACGAGUGCCCGCCGCCCGCAGAGGCGCGUGUUGCGGAGCUCGAUGCGGAGCCGGAGGAACGCGAGCCGCCGGCGCCUGCGCCCCCUGUCCUCAAGCCGGCUCUCAGCUCUGUCGGCGCGCUGUACGCGCUGCUCAAGAGCGUGGCAGCGCAGGACGACCACCCUGCGGCGAGUGAGGCGGCGAGGCUGCUCGCCUCUUCGCCCGACUCCGAGGCUGAGGAGCACUCCACGCUAGGGCGGGUCACAGGAUCCGCCAGCGCCCUGGCUUGCGCCGAGGAGGAGCAGGGCGAGGAGGAGCAGGGCGAGGAGGAGCAAGGUGGGAAGGGCGAGGCGGAGGCUUCGGAUGAGAAUGGGGGGGCGGACGAGGCAGCGGAGGGGGUGGAGAAGCAGGAGGCGGAGGAGGCGGCGGCGGAGGAGAAGGAGGGAGGCGAUUCCGACGACGAGACGGGGUCCGAGGACUCGUGUGGGAGCUCCAGCGACGAGGACGCGGGGGGGAGCGACGGUGGCACUGUCGCCGCCACGGGCGGAAGCGGCGCGAUGGGCGCGGGGCUAGGGGACGGGGGCAGAAGGGGGAUGUCGUCUUCCUCCUUCGCGCUGAGCAUGCUUUUCUCGAGCUCUAUUCUCGAGAUCCUCUUCUCUCAGAUGCAGUUUACCGGCCUCAACGUUGCCGUCUUCAAGUGCUUCAGCUCGGAGGUUCCGAAGCCGGCCCGCGACGCGUGGGGCUCGGUGCUCGGGUGGACGGAAACGCUCAACUCGCUUCGCCUUGCGGAGGUUUCCGAGUCUUUCGGCUUCGAGGAUCUCGCCGAGACGGUCUCCGACCUGCCCUGGUCGUGGUUCUACCUUGUGUUCGCGUGCAUCACGCCGCUCUGCAUAUCCUUCCUCGUGCUGCUGCUCUUCAAGAGCACCUUCGAUGUGCUCUGGCUCUUCGCCAUCACCGCGGGCGUGGGGACCACCCUCGUCGGCUUCCUCCUCGCCUACUCUGUGCCGAUCGAGGACCUGCUUCUCCUAAACCCCAACCUCUCCCCCGAGGUCUUCACCUGGGCGUACACGAUCGGCCUGGUGAUGGUUGGCGGCGCACUCUUCGUCCGUGCGGCCGCCGGAUGGUUUCAGCUGCGCGUCACCUUGGUCAAGGCCAAGUUCAAGCUGAGGCUGACAGCCGAGCGGUACAAGCGCAAGGACACCGCCUCCAUCGCCCGCUCGCUCGCCGCCGUCGCCGCGAGGAGCCGCUACGGCGCGCCGCGCCCGCCGAUGGACCUGAUCCGCACGGCGAUCCUCGGCGCCGGGUUCUUCUUGAUCGGCGUUGGGCGGUACAUCGACGCCACGCGGAGGGCGCCGCCGGCGCAGGACGGAUCGAAUAUCAGCCCCGGUCCUCUGGUCGUGGAGGAUGCCAACCCGCUCUACUCAGUGGCGGUGCAGGUGAUCGCCUUCUCGCUCUCGGCCUUCUGCUUUGUUUUCCUCGCCCUCUGCCUCUUUGAGACGGGCCGCAAGCGGCUCGAGGACGCCGCCACACUGACCAACCAGCUCGCCAUGUCGGGGCUGCUGUUUUGCGCGUCAUUCCUCUACGUGCCCAUCGCGCGAUUCGUCUUCACCGCCUUUGUGGCCGAUGACGAGGUCUGCGACGCUGGGGAGUGGUACCCGACAGCGCCAUCCCUCUUCGGGGCGCCGUCGCUCUACAUCCGGACAGCAGAUGGCCAAUUGGCACCUUUUGAGCUGGGGAUCAGCGAUGAGACGAAUGCGACGGCCUGCCAGCAGUGUCAAUUCAUCAACUACGGCCCGGCGGACGGGUACACGCGUUCGACAACGUGUCCUGCCUUCGACUCCGUCGGCUUCGUCGCGUGCCCGGGUGAGGAACGCACCGUGCUCAACGCCGAGCGCGCGCUCGACUUUUACGACUCCGUCGCCCCUUUCUACUUUCCCGCGUCGAUCCUGAUGUUCAUCGGCUUCACGGGCAUGUUGAUCGUGUUGUUCGCGCGCGUCGUCUCGCACCACGAGCGCGAGCUCGAGCGCGUCCCCAUCGACCCCGCCGCACUGGCGGAGGUGGCCGAGCGCGAGGCGGCUAAGAAGUGGAGCGUGUGCGGAAUGCUUUCGUGCUCCAACCCGCGAACGCAGACGGGCCCGCUCACGCUCACGCGAGGCAUGAUCGGAGGCUCGGCGGCGGCGCUCAACCGAGGUCUCUCCCGCACCUUCUCUCGCGAGGGCGGCACCGCGACCGACGUCGAGGACGGCGCGGUCGCCGGUGAGGGCGGCACCGUCCGGGGCCCCUCCCGCGGGCUGUCGCGCGGGCUGUCGCGCGGGCUGUCGCGCGG